GUGCUGGGGGCGGCGGCGGUGUUCGUGCUCGUCUACUUGGGCUAUUACCACCAGGAAGCGGUGCACUUUCACUUGAACCAUAUGUACGCCCAUGCGGGACACGCACACGCCCAGCACGUCGUCGCGCACAAGUACCUGCAUGGGAACGGGGUACCCAAGAACAGUAGCAUGGCAUUCUACUGGUUCAGAAAGUCUGCUGACCAAGGACACGCACAUUCGGCGUACAACUUGGCCGUCGGUCAUAUGCAGGGAUUUCCCACCGACGUGCAAAAAGGGGAGGCCAAAAAGCUGAUAAAGUACGCAGCUGACAAUGGGGUGCACGAAGCCCACCUAGUCUACCACGAGGCCUGCCGCGCCGGAAAGUGCGACCACUGAACUGUGGGAAGAGAGGCCGCCGAGUUCUCGAACUACCAUAUAACUGCUUUGUUAUUUCACUUCCAUUUCUUUCUUUAAUCCAAUGCUCACGUAUCCGCUCAAAUUAUUGACUCCUCUGGUCCUAAGCGGCGCACAGGACGAAGAUCGCCGGCACAAGGUUGUAUUUGUCGUAUAGUACGGGAACACCGGUAACUGUUGGAAUGACCGUAGACAUGGGGGGAGACGAUAAAUACGCGAGGUCAGUCCGGAUAGUUCGCGAACGUUGUAAGUACAAAUUGGUUUCGUUUACUUAUUAAAUAAUAAGAUAUGUCCUCUUAGAAGUUUUCUUCUGAGUCAAUACAAGGAGUCCAGCUUUUCAGCCCACAGCGGCAGCAGCGCUUAGUUUGGGAUGCUGCAUAGCUCGACUAGCCAAUUUUCCUUAAUACAUUCGAAAUGAGGUCUAAUCACUGGGUCUUCAGCAUAACGACAAGACAAAUAUUAAAAGGGGGGGGGGGGGUG